AUGUUAAAUAAUAUAACUAUGUCAAUAAUUGAAUUAAAACCUUCAUUAGGUUAUAUAUGGUAUAGAAUAGGUUGUUUUUUAAUUGAAAUCUAUUGUCAUGUUGAUAAUCUUGGAAUCAUUCGUUAUUUUGAUUCAUCAGUUGAAGAUAAAUCAAAAGAAACAAUUCUUAUUAUAUGUUUAAUAUUAAUUGCUUUUACAAUUGUUUCAUCAUCAAUUUCAACAAUAUUUAAUUUUUUCAAUGGAUUUGGAAAUUCAAUUGAAGAUUAUCCAUUUUAUUUAUAUAAAUAUGAUUAUAAUACAAUUAAAUCUUUACCAUUAUUAUCUUUAUUUGAUAUUCAUAUAUCAAUACUUAUUCUAUUACCAAAAAUUCUUCUUAAUAGUCAACUUAUUUAUGCUAAUAUAAAAGAUCAAAAUUUUCUGUUUGAAUCAUCAAUUGAUUUUCUAAUUGGAAAUGGUAUGAAACGUGUUAAAAAAGAUGGUCAAUCAAUUGUGAUUAUGGAUACAAAUUCAUCAGCAUCAUGUCAAAUAAUAAAUUUAUUUCUUGUUUUAAUUCGAUAUCAUUUUUCUUAUUCAAAUUCAUUUUAUAAAAUAAAUAAAUAUUUAAGUUUAAUAAUGAGUAUUCAUUCAAUUAUUUCAAUAUUAUUAACUAUAUUUAUAUAUGGAACAUUUGAAGUUUUAUUUAAACUUGAAUCAAUUAUUGUUUAUUCUUAUUUAUUAAUAUCAUCAUUAAUUAUUUCAAUAUUAUUUUUAUUAUUAACAAAUCAUGCAUUAUAUCAUUUUGGUAUACGUAUUUAUUCUCAACAACAAUAUCAAAUAUCAAAUCAGUUAAUGCGUUUAUCAAAUUUGGAUGAUCAAUAUUUAUUUGAAAGAUCAAUUCGUCGUUCAUUAAUAUUCUAUUUAUUAUUUGUUAUAUUAAGUGUAACAUGUCAAUUUCCAUUUAUUAUUUUAACAUUAAAAUUAUUUUAUUCUGGUUUAAUUGAUUAUUUAUUUAUUAUUUAUAUUAUAUUUCUUUUAUUAUAUUUAUUUAUUUCAAUUAUGUUAUUUUGUUUUCUUUGUCUAUUUCCAUUAUCUUAUUGGAAAUUUAAUUAUUUAAGUCAAUUAAAACAAGAUGAUCCAUCAACAUCAUCAAUAAUUUUAAAUCAAUCAAAUGAAAAUAUCGAUGAAAAAUUUUUUACAAAUGAAACUCCUCAUUUAAUUCCAACUCGAUCAGUAAGUAGUUGUGGAUUAACUGUUAUUGAGCAUGAAUAUUCAAAUGGAAGAAAUUCUCAUCCAAUAUUUGAACAAACACAACGUGUUGCAACUGAUGCUCUUCUUGUUAUGCAUUAA